UAUAUGACUAGGUAUGUGAUAACACUUGAAAUUCUAUUUACAUGUAAUGCGCUUCGCGCGUGAUAUGAAAUAUGCUCUAAAUGAAAUAUGUUGUGAACAUUACCUUAAGUGAGUCUCGAACCGAGGUACCUUGUAUCAUCAUUCAGGGUUGGAGCGCUCCUUUUGCUGCCUGGACCAUAUUGGUUACGUUCGAACGUAAUGAAAUAUGUCGAAUAUAAGUCACCAGAAAAGCUGCAUGUUACAACUCAUGCAAACGGUGCUGCCAGAACGCAGUUUGGCCAUUAAAUUAAAUUAAACAAUUGGUAUAUUACGAAAAAAUGCAAUCUUUGAUAAAUCACUUUUCCAAUACAACGCACAUAACGAUAAAAGGCUUGGUUAACUUUUGCUUCAAUUGGUAACUAACUGUUACAAUUCCUGAGCAUCUGCAUAAUAUUAUCGCCUUUAAUAGAAAUCCGAUUGUGGCUAUCGGAUAUUAAUUAUUAUAUAAUUUUGAAUUGUGAAAUCUGGCAGCUCUGUCAAAAAGUGAUCAACUUUUGACGUGCAGUAAUUUUGUUGAUAUAGCUUUCACGAGUUGUCAUCAAUCUAAAUUCACGGGUAAGAUAUUUUUUACGAAUAUAUAAAAGUAUAAAGAGAAAUGCAUUUUUUCCGUUGCAGGUGUAAUGAGCUCGAAUAAUUAUGCUAUUGUGCAGACGACGGAAAAUGACGAUGUUUUGCUUUCUGUGGUUCCUUCACGUUGGGUACUGAAAAAUGGUUGGAGCAAGGAUCUGCCGGGACUUGGCACGGAUCUAUGCUACUGGCCAAAUGGUGUAGCUGGUUACCGGCUGCUUGAAAAAGCAAAAAAGGAUCCACAAAUUCCACCGGAUGUAAACGUACUGAGUGCAUAUCGGUGCAAAAUCAAACGAAACAAUUUUGCUAGUUACGCUGAGGCGUUUCGCGAGCUGCAAAUUAUGGAAAUUCAUUCGGAUACCGAUGAAUACGAGCCAAGAAAGAAACUGAAGAAAUCAUCAACUGCUGCGGAGCUUUUCAAACAAAUCCAAACGAAACCAAGCUCAUCGUGUUCAAAUACGGCUACUGAUUUUGCCGAUGAUACAAGGGACGGUCAUACUGACAACACAGCUAAUCCGGAUGAUUCGUUUUUGGAGCCUUGUCCAAACGAUAUUGUGAUGACGUCACGUUCGCUAUCUCUAAGUGAAACAACAUCUCAUGAGUCUGGAUCGAAGACACCAAUGAUUCAGAGCACAGAUACCGAUGAAUCAACCAUGCGUCAACUUAUAAUUUCACUGCACAAUAAAAUAGACAAGAACGCCAAGCAAAUAGAAUCUCUCAAGCAAUCGCACAUUAGGUAUGGUGCUUUGCUCUCUCAAGUUAACGCUAAACUAGAUGUUAUUGCUACCAAAAUACCGUCAGAGUUUGUGCAUGUGAAAACAGAGAGUUAUGAAUCCAAAAAGAUUCCAUUAACCCCGGUCAAAUCUCUGGAUGACAUGGAAUCUCUGGAGAAACAGUCGAAAAAUAACCAAUUCGUACAAUCUGUUGUUCAGUUUCUUGGUUCAAUGCACGGAAAACACAGAUAUGCUCGUGAAGGUGCAACUGUUUGUUUGCAAGUAAUCAAUUACUUCUUUGAGCGUGAAUUCUUGAUGAAAUGUUCUUGGAGUGGAAUAAGCCGGAAUAAGAAGGAUAAUGAAAACAUCAUUUCCAAAAUACCUUUUCAUAAGUUUGGUGGGGUUAUUGAUCUGUUCCACAAGGUUGUACUUUUCUCCGAUCCUUCUUUCUCUAAAGUGCAAUGCGAACAGUUCCUACAUCGCUGCUUAAGGAAUGCAAAGCAACGCUACGAGGACAUCAAGGGUAUUAGAGCUACUGCUUCUAGAAGACGAUGCAAGCGAAAUGAACCUGAAUCAAACCAAGCGAUUCAACAAGGCAUCGAAGAAGAAGCAGAAGUUAUUUUAGAAGAAUAUCUUAUUGAGGCGGAAUCAGCAUCAACAAACAAGCAUCACCAAACCAAACGGUUGAAGAUGUGGGAGGUGUUCUGCCGUUCUACGCAUAAUUGUCUUUUGUAUAUAGGCAAUCCUAUAGAACAUGGGACAAUUAUGUGUAUAGCGGCAGUGUUAUCGAUAAACACUAUUGAAAAAGUAUAAUUUAAGGAAGAUAUGUUGUUACAUUGAUUGAUUCAAUAUAAUUGAUAUUGAUUACUGUAACGUAACGUAAUUUAUGUACAGUAAUCUCGAACUAUUCAAAUCGAUGAAAGACUGACGUAGGCAAUUUUCUAAAAUAGAAGAAAUAUAAAAUAUUGUUAAAAUACGAAAACAGUUAAUCAUUAUUCAAUUUCUAACCCAGACCCUGAUGCCAAUAUUGUCCACCAUCUAUAUUUAUAAUUGUAGCAUUGAUCCUUAGAGUGCGAAGAAGUCGCCUGCAAUUCUCCGGUAAAAGAAUCUUCGGAAAAUAAGAUACUCCAUUUUUCGCUGGGCUCUUCAUCGGAAUUUUCAUCUGGGCUGUAGGCGCUCAAAGAAUUAUCUGAGCUUUCAUCAUCCGAUUUUUCAAAUGAAAUUGUUGGUGUAGAAUUAGGUGUUUCCAGAAUUACUUUAUCGGAAGGCUCAAGGAUUUCAGGACAAUCCGAUUUCCGAUACAAACUCACUUUUCGUCUAUAAUUCCCACUUCGCAAAGUUUUUUUUUCAUUUGUUUACGUCCAUGUUAUACAUAAGUUGUUGUUGAUGAUAACGUAAUUUCAUUUUGAAAGUUUUUUAUAAAUGAAAGCUCGGCACUAUAUUUGCGUUAAUAUGACAUUAUAUUAGCUCUAUAAUAGCACUUAAUGCAUAUAUAGAGCAUA